UCCAUCUACCUAGAGAAGCUGGCAGAUGUCAGCAGAACCUGGACUGGCAGCAAGACCUUGCUGACGCCUCGGUUAGAGAGGAGGAGACAACAAGGCCAGCAUCUGUUGAGCUGCUUUUUAAAAAUCAGCUUCAUUCCUUGUUUGUUUCAGCUGUAGCUGGGUGAGAUCAUUUACAGCAGGUGACAAACACAAGGAGACAAACACAGAGACAAAGGGAAAGAGCAUCCCCUGGCAGUGACAGCAUUUGCAGCCCUGCAGUUCCGGCAGCAAUGGAGUCACGUGGCUCAGUGGUGAGCAGCACGCUUGCUGUCUUCUUGAUUCUGCAUCUGGGUCUAACCCUCGUUAUGGCUCAGCAAAAUCAACUCCAAAUUGGGGUCACAGGACGGGCGGUGAUCCUGAACUGCAGAGGUGUACCUCGUGACACACGCGUGACCUGGAAGUACUAUAAGGCUGUGAUAAGGUUGUAUACAACUACUCAUUUGAAAGGCAAAGCUCCUAUGACUGAGCGAUCUGAAAUUGACCCCAAAAGCAAGCACCUGAAGGUGCUGGACUUAAGGCUCUCCGAUGCUGGCAUCUACACCUGUGAAUAUGGCACUCACGCAGUCAGUAUCUCACUGCAUGUCUUUCAAUUGACGAUCUCUUCAGAUGGGCACUUCCUGCCAAAUGAAGUCCCCAAGCUGACUUUAACGCAAAAUUCAUCCCAUCCUCUACCCAAUCUCAACAUCACAUUAUUUAACAGUAAUAAUAUUGUGGUAAGACCAAACCUCCUGCAAAACCACAUUCGUCAAAGCUACACGUUGGAGUUGAUGCAACUGAAGGCUACGGACAGCGGGACCUGGAUGUGUCACGUCCAUUCAGACUCUCCAUUGAUUAAUCAGAACAUCCCCUUUGAUGUGAAGGUAUUAGGUUUUGAGAAUCCAGAUUUGGAAACAAAAUAUGCAACCGUUGAUAGCCCUGUCAUCUUGUCAUGGCAUCUCAACUUCCAGGAGAUAAAAUGGAAAGGAGGUUUCACAGGAAAACUGAUUUGGAAACAACAGGAGAGUGCAACUUUUCAAGAGCUACUUCACUUCAGCAUCACAGCACAAGGAGAGCUGAAUGAGACCAAAAAAAGCAGCCGCUUUAAUUUUGAGAUCCCUCAAAAUAAGCCAAAAAGUACCAUAGAAAUUAAACUCCUCAAAGUCCAUUUCAGCCAGUCUGGACAGUACCAGUGUGAGCUGGCAUACAAUGGAAGACAAGUGCAGAGCAAGAUUGAGCUGGUGGUGAUGAAAGUCUCAGCUCACCCUGUUGGGCCUCUCCCCAGAGGGGCUGAGAUGACUCUGCUCUGCCAGGUCUCCAGCCCACUCCCAUCCAAAGCCCACUUAUGCUGGGAACGUGUGAAUGGGACUUGGAAGGAUGUCAGGAAGUCAAAGCAGCACGAAGUAAAGGUGGAAGUGAAUGUCAGUGCUGCAGGGUUGUGGAACUGUCGCCUCAUAGAAGCCAACGUCACAAAGAUCAGCCUUAACUACCCCGUGGAGGAAGCUUCUGCUUGGAUUAGCUACAUGGUAACUGGAGCAAGUAUUGGAGGCAGCAUAUUGGUGCUUGGCCUUGCAUGCCUGUGCAUCGUCAGUGGUAUAAGCUGGCAGCGGAGAAGGCAACGAGCAAAAAGGAUGGCACGAGCAAGACAACACUUGCUGGAAAACAAGACAUGUCAGUGUCAACACCGGCUGAAUAAGUAGAUUGCAGCACUGGCGUCAGAAGGACAGAUGAAGUCUCUGCCUGUACCUAAAGACGUGCCAGCCCACAGUGCUCUGCAAAUCCACUUCCCUUUCUCCCGUUUUGAUGCAAUCUUUUGUUCCUUCGUCAUUCUCCCAGCCUAAUGCCAUGGAGGGAUGUUGUCUGGCUAGGAGCCGAUGGGCAAGACAAGAAAACCUUAAGGGUUAUGAUUGACCCCUAGUUCUAUAAAGAGAGACACUGAAUAGAAGAUAUAGAGAUAGAUAUACACACAUAUAUACGUGCUUGUAUUUUGCUCAUGCACUUAAUUCAACCUGUCUGUGGAACCAGUUUUAUGUGCUUCUUUUAUCUGUUUGAGUUACAAUAAAUUA